AUGCGGUCUAUCUCUUGCAGUACCUCUGAUGCUCAAACAAUGUCACAAGGUGAAACCUCUCAGGCGGAAAAGAUCUAUCCCUCCGAGGCCCCAAGGACGAAGGGGGAUUUCUACAGUCUGGAAGGGAAUCAGGGGCUAAUUCCAGGUGUGAAGAGGCUAGUGGGAACUCAUCCUUCUCCUGGACUUCCUUUACAGAGUAAUCUUGAUUUUGAUGCCAUUGCUUUCACUGAUCAACUGUUCUCCUUCCCUAGGAAUUCCCCAAGUGAUUAUCAGGCACUUACCGCCAUGUCCUUACCCAACUGCCAACUUUAUUGGAGGUCAGAUUGA